UGACAAAAAGAAAUAAGGAAAUUCAUAGAUACCAGUGAGGUAUUCACUUCUAAUAAUAGUAUAAAGGUAGAUAUAGAUAUAUCUGUAUCUGUUAGAUAUGUUCUCUGAAAAUAUGAAUUUGCAGAAGUGAGAGAACACUGAGAGAAUAAGAAAACAAAACAACAACAAAAAAUGGAGAACAGUAAAUGGAUAGCCGCAGUAGCGAGCAUAUGGAUCCAGUGCACCGGCGGCUCAUCAUACGGCUUCGCCAUCUACUCCUCCAUCCUCAAAUCCACCCAAGGCUACGACCAAUCAACGCUCGACAUCGUGUCCGCCUUCAAGGACAUCGGCGCCAACGUCGGCAUCCUCUCCGGCCUCCUCUACUCCGCUGUCACGCUCCACCGCGGCAGAGGCCGGUGGCCGUGGUUUCGGGCCGGGCCAUGGGUGGUCCACGUGGCGGGAGCGAUUCAGUGCUUCGCGGGCUACUUCCUUAUCUGGCUCACGGUGGUCGGAGUCAUUUACCGGCCGCCGCUCCCGGCGAUGUGUUGCUUCAUGUUGAUGGCGGCGCACGCUCAGACGUUCUUCAACACGGCCAACGUGGUCACUGCCGUUCACAACUUCCCUGAUUACAGUGGAACCGUCGUCGGAAUCAUGAAGGUAUGUUUGAUUCUAUUCAUUUGCUUUUGCUCGACCGAGUCCAAGGGCGAGUGCUUGAUAGUAAACUGUUUGACUGCCAGUUUGGAAUUGUCGUUAGGGGUGACAAUCAAAUGAGGAUCCUCUCCUUGC